CUAAACCCACAACAGUAAAAUCAGUCUGUAUAUGCAGUAAAGCAUGCUUGUUAUACUCACUGUGGAACCUAAGAGGUUAAUCCUCUGGAUUUUGUAAAAAGGCUGUUUGAUCGUUUUCUCUCUGCCCCUCGUCUUGUUCAAAUGCGCAUAUCUUAUCUCCUAAUGAGACAGACUGACCCCGUAGCCAUUCUGCACAUGCUCAGUUUAGUGUGUAUUGCUAGACAGGUUUUUUUUCUUUUUGGGAGAGUGCAUGUGAUUAGCACAGGGCCAAUCAGCACUGUCCAGACAGAGGGUCAGGGGUUCUGCAUC